CAGCGCCACACGGGGGAGGACGUGACGGAACCAAGACUGUAGCGGUACUUCCUGGAUGCAUCCAUCCUGUGCUACAGGAGGGGGGAUUGGCUCCUGACUAGACUUGGGCAGUGGGAGUUUGCAGUGUAGGUCCCCUCCCAUCGUAGUGCUGGAUGGUGGGCCCAGCAGGGAGGACUGUAGCAGUACAGAAGGCAGUCACAGUGUGAGAGCAGGGAUCAGCAGGACACAAUGUGUGACGGUGAAGAGAACCCAGCCGCUGUUCCUACACCAGUGCCUGAUAUUCACGGUGACGACUGCUGGAUGUCCAUGCACAAUCACUUUGUGUCCAGCAGCAAGGAUAAGGAGCCCGAGGUUUUGUUUAUAGGAGAUUCCCAAGUCCAGCUGCUGCACCAGUUAGAGAUCUGGAGGGAGCUCUUCUCCCCACUCCAUGCCCUGAACUUUGGGGGCCUGGGUGAAGGCACCCAGCAUGUUCUAUGGAGACUGGAGAAUGGGGAGUUGGAACACGUGAAACCCAAGAUUAUCGUGCUUUGGGUAGGCACGUACAACCAUGGUCACACGGCUGAGCAGAUCGCCGGCGGGAUUCAGGCAAUUAUCCGGUGCUUGGAGAAGAGGCAACCACAGGCUAAAGUCAUCGUGCUGGGUUUGCUGCCGCGAGGUAAAAACCCAAACCCUCUGCGGGAGAGGAACAAACGACUGAACGAGUUGCUGGUGGAAUUGAUGCCAUCGAUGCCCAGUGCAAUGUUCUUGGAUGUGGAUCCAGGUUUCGUGCAUUCCGAUGGCACCAUCAGUCACCAUGAUAUGUUUGAUUACCUGCACCUCAGCCGGCUGGGGUACUCUCGCGUAUGCCAGACUCUGCACCAAACACUACUCCAGCUGCUGGAGGGCAGGGGCACAACCAUUCAGCAAUAGAAUCUCAGAACAUAGUGUUAUGUACCGUUAGGAAGACCCUGGUACAAAGACAGGUCAUUCUCAGAGCGGGGCAGGAUGUAUCUGGUCUCUGAGGAACGUCCCCCUCUGAGGAAUAAAAUUCUCCAAAGAAAAGGCUGAAAUACAACCGGUUGGUGGAACAACGUAAUCAUUCCUGAGAGUCGCCGGUCUCCCCAUCUUCUCGCGUUCUCUCCCGCUUGUGCCCCCACAGCAUUUAUCAGUACUGCAUCUGCCUCUUGGUUUUAUGUCCCUUGUACAGUUUUCUUUUAUAUAUUUCAGUGGAGAAUAUGAUAUUUUUCAUUUUGUUGUUUAUCCUUAUAUAAUGUACCAAGUUAAUGUAUACAACUCUUAAGAGCCCAAAUACGUGGCCCCAAGGGCAUUACCAUUUCCCAGGAAGGUUCAUCGUCCAAGCUCUAUAAUAAACAUGUUGUGACUUCA